GAGAUAAAUUACUAAGAUUUUGUUUAUCAUCCAAGAUAAAGUACAUUCAUUUUUAUCGGAAAUAUUGGUGAACUAUCGAAAUUAUUUUAUAUAGGGUUUACAUAGUAAUAUUCUUCGAAAGAAACUCUGAACUUCGUGAUUGUUUAGUUUACAAAUGAUGAUAAUUAAGUGUGCAGAUUUGUCAAACUAAUAUUACAUAUAAUUAUUUGAAGAAAGAAGACGAAGAUAUCGAAAUAUAGAACUUUAUCGUUUUACGUUUAUUGAGGCAUUAUGACACCGAUGAGUGAUAGUAGUUCAUUACCUAAAACAAAAAAGCCAUCAGAUAGCGCAUUCAAACAGCAACGUUUACCUGCUUGGCAACCUAUUCUUACUGCUGGAACUGUGUUACCAACAUUUUUUGUAAUAGGAGUUGCAUUUAUACCAGUUGGAAUUGGAUUAUUAUACUUUUCUGAUAAAGUUAAAGAACAAACAAUAGAUUAUACCUAUUGUAAUUCUAACACUACUAGUGGUAAAAGAUGUAUGGAUAUAAUUGCACAAAAUCGAACAGAGCCUUGUUAUUGUAAAAUAAAUUUUACAUUACCUACGGACUUUGAUGGAGAAGUUUAUAUGUAUUAUGGCUUAACAAACUUUUAUCAGAACCAUCGUCGAUAUGUAAAAUCUAGAGAUGAUAAUCAAUUAUUAGGAAUAUUAUCGGAUGAAGUAUCUGGUGAUUGUAAACCAUUUGCGUAUGAAGUUAAUGACAGUAAUAUCACAAAAGCAAUAGUCCCAUGUGGAGCUAUAGCCAAUUCUCUCUUUAGUGAUGAAUUAACAUUAUAUUCGAACAGAAAUGGACGAGAUGUACCAUUAUUGAAAACUGGCAUAGCAUGGCCUUCAGAUAAAAAUAUUAAAUUUAAAAAUCCAGAAGGUGAUUUAAGAGUAGUAUUUUCUCCAGAAAGAUUUGCUAAACCAAAAAAUUGGGAAAAACAUAUCUAUGAUUUAGACCCAUAUAAUGCAAGUAAUAAUGGAUUUCAAAAUGAAGAUCUCAUUGUAUGGAUGAGAACUGCUGCUUUACCAACAUUUAGAAAAUUAUACCGUAGGGUUGAUCAUUCUGUAAAAGGUUUUACUGAAGGCUUACUUGCAGGAAAUUAUACACUUAAUGUUAAAUAUUCAUAUUCAGUGUCUUCUUUUGAUGGUACCAAAAGAAUGAUUCUAAGUACAACAUCACUUUUGGGUGGAAAAAAUCCAUUUCUUGGUAUUGCAUACAUAGUGGUUGGAUGUAUUUGCUUAGUACUUGGAAUAGCUUUAUCAAUCAUACAUAUAAAAUAUUCCAAGAGCAAACUAAUGUAAAGAUGACAACAAGAAAAUAUGUUUAAGGCACCAUAAUUGUUCUUCGUAACUGAGAUGAUUGAUGUGAAUCCAACUACAGAAAAUCAUUAAGAAUAACUGGAUUUAAAAAAAAAUAUUUAUUGAAUUGUGUUGGGCUAACUACCUCUAUAAUAAGAUAUGAACAUAUAAUUUUGUCAUAUUUGAUCCUGCAGUAAAAAGAAGCAUUACAGUUUUGAAAUAGUAGAAAAAAUUGAUUUUUGUAAAAGUUAAGAUAUAAAUUACUUUAUAUUAGUAACAACGAAAAGGUGUAUUUAAUGAAAACACAUUUUUGUGUACAUCAAAUAUUAUCACUAAUAUUACGUGAAAUAGUUACUUUGUAUUAUAUGUUAUGAAUUUUAGAGAUUUAUAUAGAGAGUGUUUUAUACCAAAUGCUAUAUCAGAAUUAGUUUCUUCUUAGUAUUCUUAUUUAUUGAUGUAAUAUUUUAUUUUUAUGUUCUUCAUAUUUAAGUAAUACAUAUUUGUAUUAUUAUAUUGCGAGUAAAUAAUACUAAGAUAACUAUUUGAAAGAUGUUCUAUAUAUACAUACAUAUAUAUAUAUUCACACACACACACACACACACACACACACACACACACACACACACACACACACACACACACACACACACACACACACAACUCUAAGUCAAGUAACAGAUUUUAUCCAAAGAACAUAGAUUUUAGAAGUAAAUUUUUUUCCUCCUGAUUUAAGCUCUUAUCCUGAUCAAUAAUAAUCUUAAAAAUUUAUAAUGUGGCAAUAAUGCAAUAUUUCUAUACCUACAUAUUAUUUUCAUGAAUAAUUAGUAGCAUAAAUUAUUAUUCAUAAGCAUUUUCAACUUAUACAAUUUCCAAUAUUAAGAAAAAUAGUAUGUGCCUUAUCUAUAGAAGAAACUAUUAAAUUUAGCGUCUUAUUUAUGUCUUUGA